UAGUGGGGCUGGGAACAAGUUCUCCUGAAGGUGUUUGUUAGUUGGACACAGUUCUUGGGAUUUUUGUAUAAAUUAAGAGAAGAACGAAGCAUGAAGGGAGUAAACCCCCCAACCCCUCACCCCCUCCGUUUGAGAACAAGUAAGAGCAGUCAAUAAAGGACACUGGGGGCUGCACCACCUCCUCCUCCUCCUGCUGAGAGGGAACCUGAGUGUGUGUGAUGAUAAGGGGUACCAGCCUGCAACUGUACACCUAGCCACGGCAUCGCAGUACUGCAGAGAAUCUUGUCAGAUUUGGAGUUUGAAGGUUAAUUUUUUUCUUGUGAACACUGCAGCAAGAGAGGAGCAGACAUGAGAGCCGGCUGAGUUUCUAAGUUGGGAGUAGCUGAGGUGAUAUUGGGGAUUGAAGUGGAAACACCAGUCCUCAUCUUCCUCCUGCAUCUUUUGGAUGUGCACACCCCCCCGUGGGCCAAGUGUGGCGGCAUGGACCGAGGCUGAGCAGAUGCCGCUGGCUGACAGAGAGUCUGUGAGACAGCCAUUUGCUCCUCCUCGCCCUGGUCCCCUUCAUGCCGUGCUGUGGGCUGGGCCAUCGCCGGAGAGCACAGCUUCCAUAUGGUUCGGCCGACUCCUACACCAGCCGUCCGUCAGACUCUGAUGUGUCCUUGGAGGAGGAUAAGGAGGCAGUGCGCAGAGAAGCAGAGCGACAGGCUCAGGCUCAGCUGGACAAAGCCAAGAUCAAACCAGUUGCAUUCGCCGUGCGUACAAAUGUCAGCUACAGCCCGUGUCACGAUGACGACGUCCCGGUGCCAGGCAUGGCCGUCUCCUUUGACGCUAAAGACUUCCUCCACGUCAAAGAGAAAUACAACAACGACUGGUGGAUAGGCCGUCUGGUGAAGGAAGGCUGCGACAUCGGUUUCAUCCCCAGUCCAGUCAAGCUUGAACACACUCGCAUCCUCCAGGAGCAGAGAGCCAAACAGAGCAAGUUCCACUCCAGUAAACUGGGAGCAAACUCCUCCUCCAGUUUAGGUGAAGUUGUUCCCAACUCAAGGAAAUCAACUCCUCCUUCAUCUGCCGUUGACAUAGACGCCACAGGCUUAGAACCUGAGGACAAUGAGCUCCCCGUCAACUUGCGCUCCCCUAAAGCCAGUCCAAACACUGUCACGUCACCCCUAGCAAAAGAGAAACGAAUGCCCUUCUUUAAGAAGUCGGAGCACAUUCCUCCCUAUGACGUUGUGCCUUCGAUGCGGCCGGUGGUUCUGGUUGGACCGUCACUGAAGGGCUACGAGGUGACAGACAUGAUGCAAAAAGCACUGUUUGACUUUUUAAAACACAGAUUCGAGGGGAGAAUAUCAAUCACUCGCGUCACGGCCGACAUCUCACUCGCCAAACGCUCGGUCCUGAACAAUCCCAGCAAGCACGCCAUCAUCGAACGCUCCAACACACGAUCCAACUUGGCUGAAGUCCAAAGUGAAAUUGAGAGGAUUUUCGAACUGGCCAGGACGUUACAGCUGGUAGUCCUCGACGCCGACACCAUCAACCACCCGUCACAGCUGGGGAAGACUUCCCUCGCGCCCAUCAUCGUCUACGUCAAAAUCACUUCGCCAAAGGUGCUGCAGCGACUCAUCAAGUCCAGAGGCAAAUCUCAGGCCAAACACCUCAACGUCCAGAUGGUGGCAGCGGACAAGCUGGCUCAGUGCCCCCCUGAGAUGUUUGACAUCAUCCUGGAUGAGAACCAGCUGGAGGACGCCUGUGAGCACAUGGCCGACUACCUGGAGGCCUACUGGAAAAGCACUCACCCCAGCAGCUGCAACCCCCCCAACCCGCUGCUGACCACGCUGCCCGCGGACACGCUGCCCGCCAGCCCCUCCCCGGUCCUGGGAGUCCAGGGAGGCGCUGCCGAGCAGAGAGCAGAGAGAGUGUUGAUGGAGACGAAGAGCUCCAGAGAGGAUCACCAGCAUCACCGUCAUCAUCAUCACCAUCAUCACCACCACCAGGACCAGGACCAGGACCAGGACCAGGACGACGCUGAGGCCGAGGCUGAGGCCGAGGCUGAGGGCGACGAGGGCGAGAGGCCCCCGAGGACGGAGUUGAAUAGGAGGGCGCAGCACGUUCACCACCGUUCGUCUUCCACCAGGACCGAGCAUCACAACCACCACCACCACCACCGCCGCCACAGCAGCCGGGCCAGAGGCAUCUCCAGACAGGAGACGUUGGACUCCGAGACCCCCGAGAGUCGGGAGAGUCGAGAGAGCAAGGACUCGGCUUAUAACGAGCCACAGACUCAGCGCCUCCGUCAGGAGGAGGAGGAAGAGGAAGAUGAAGAAGAGGAGGAUGAGGACGAGGAUGUAGGGGAGGAACACCCGCAGCAACAACAGCGUUACGAGCCCCACAGGGACAACAACCACCAUCACCACCACCACCAUCACCACCGCAGUGGCGGCGGCGGCGGCGGCGGGGCCGACGAGGCCGGCCACGGCGCCGGGCACCACCGCUCCAAGGAGCGCGAGCAGGACCACAACGAACGCAACAGGCAGCGCUCGCACCACCACCACCGGCCGAGCCGCGACCACCACCACCACCACUACUACGACCGGGACAGGGACAGGGACAGAGAGGGGGAGGUGGCUCCCAAAAAGAGAGGAGACGCAGGGGAGUGGGUGAGAGACUCCUACAUCCACCAGUGACGGACCCCCCUCCCUCGCCCCCUGUAGGACAGUUCUCCUCCCCCUUUGUGCUGCUACUCCCCCCAAAACAAACCAACCAACCACAGCGUCCUAUUUAUGAACACGUCCUUUGUAAAUGCUGUAAGAUCUUUUUUCAACGACAGGAUUUUGAAAUACACAGAUCUGAAUAUAUGUGUGUGUGUGUGUGUGUGUGUGUGUGUGUGUGUGUGUGUGUGGAUAUGCAUGGAUGUUCUUAAAAUAUGCAUAUUUUAAAAGUUGUGUUUGACAAAGCAUGACACCAGAACUCAGCUGUUCGUCCUGUGGUCGACAUUUGGAACAGAUUUGAAAUAAUUCCUCCGUUGUUUUUAUUUUAUUUUAUUUUGUUGUUUUUUUUGUUUGUUUUUUUCUUUGGCUUGAAUAUUUGUUUCUUCAGACUACUGCUAGAGUCGACUAACCGAGUUAGUCCGAUGCUGUAACCACAGAGGUUUAAAGGAAUAAUUACAUGGCAGACCUGUAAUUAAUGAGGGGUGAUUACUGCACCUCCAGAGGGUGGCGCUGUACCCAUCAGUCUGGUCUUCACUGGAACAACAAGACAGUUCCUAAAGUGUAGCCCAACAGUCUGUGAAAGGAGUCAAAGGUCAACUGGAUCCUAAUCCAAAAUUUACUGCAAAUAAAAAGCUCCAUGCCCCCCCUGAGGGGGGCGCUCUCCCCACUUUGGUAACCACUGCUAUAGAGACUGGUUUACCGUACAGUGAGUGGUGGAGAUUUUUGUGCGUUUGUUAAAUCAGAAUUCGGUAGCUCAAAGCUAAUAGUCGCUGUAGUUUCACAGCGACUAUUAGCUUAGGCUAGCUUAAGCUAACAACAACAGCUUCUCAUUCCUGAGCCUGAGUGUUCAAAUUCACCAGCAGGAAAUCUUCAGACC